CUGAUUUUUGUUAGGUUUUGAUUCUUCAAUUUUAUUUAAAUUAUUUUUGCGCCUUAUCUUUUGCCUUUCUCCGACAUAUGCGGUCAUAAGUUGAGAAGAGAUCCGUGUGCAAAAUUUUUUGUUUAUUCCGUUUUUACUGACUGCUAACGGAAAAUGGCUCGUACCAAGCAGACUGCCCGUAAAUCCACUGGUGGCAAGGCUCCCCGGAAACAACUGGCCACGAAAGCGGCACGCAAGUCCGCUCCGUCCACCGGUGGAGUGAAAAAGCCCCAUCGCUACCGACCAGGAACCGUGGCGUUGCGUGAAAUCCGUCGCUACCAGAAGUCCACGGAACUCCUGAUCCGUAAGCUGCCCUUCCAGCGUCUAGUCCGGGAGAUCGCGCAGGACUUCAAGACGGAUCUGCGCUUCCAGAGCGCGGCCAUCGGGGCGCUGCAGGAGGCCAGCGAGGCCUACUUGGUGGGAUUGUUCGAGGACACCAAUCUGUGCGCCAUCCAUGCCAAGCGCGUCACCAUCAUGCCCAAGGAUAUUCAGCUGGCGCGACGUAUCCGGGGAGAGCGGGCUGAAAUGGUUCGUACAAAGCAGACUGCUGGUGGUCAGGCUCCCCGGAAACAACUUGCCACGAAAGCGGCCCGCAAAUCCGCUCCCUCCAAAGGCUACGUGAAGAAGCCCCGUCGCUUUCGACCAGGAACCGUGGCGCUACGUGAGAUCCGCCGCUACCAGGGAUCCACGGAGCUCCUGAUUCGUAAGCUGCCCUUCCAGCGGCUGGUGCGGGAGAUCGCGCAGGACUUCAAGACGGAUCUGCGCGUCCAGAGCGCGGCCAUCGGGGCGCUGCAGGAGGCCAGCGAGGCCUACUUGGUGGGAUUGUUCGAGGACACCAAUCUGUGCGCCAUCCAUGCCAAGCGCGUCACCAUCAUGCCCAAGGAUAUUCAGCUGGCGCGACGUGUUCGGGAGGGAGUGCGCCCGGUGCGGGCUUAAGAGUUAAGAUGAGUUUAAUAUUCUUAGGUUGAGGCCGGUUAUACCCAUAUUUGAUCUCGUAUAUUUAUUUGGUUCGGUUUUUCGACCAUUGAAUGAGUGAUUGCUUAGUUUAUUUUGUGACGGUUUUAGUUUUCGUUUUUAUAUAUUGUGGACAGAAGGAAGCAUGUCAGUCUGCGAUUGUAUUGUCAAAUAAUCGUACUUUGCCGUAUGGCCGUUGGUGCAUGCUGUUAAUUUUACUUGGUGAUGAAAUGAUCUUAUACUGGGCGUCCAUUUCGACGCUAUAAUAUGUUGCUGUAUAAUACAGACAGUGAGACGCAUGGAUUACGUCAGCUUAUCUGUUGUCUUUUCACAAAUGCUUCCCGGGUU